CCGUGCCGAUUCUGGUUUCGUAAGCGUGUUCAUUGCAAAGGUCCCAGUUACGAGGGCGUUAUAUAUUUUCCACAUUACUACAAUACAAAAUUACCAUAUUAUAUUUAUAUUGAAUUGAUUUUCUCUAGUCCUUAAUCUCGUAGAUAAUUUAUUGCUACUACCGUGUUAUGUGUUAUAACGAGACUCACGCACAAGGAUAUUUUCCUUUUGAGAUUUUCAAAGCGAAAUUCAUCGGUUGGGACGAAGUUAUAGCCGUAGAUUUCACUCGUACGGCCCAAUCUGUCCGUAAGACGGGCGCUGACUUGACCCAAUGGGCCCGAAAGCAAGAGACGAAAGCGGAUUUGUACGCGCUGUUCAUGCCCAGGCAGCCUCCCAUGCCUGCGCAAGAGGCCAUGCAAUUGGCCGAUGAGUGGAAUGAGGACCUGGAGGCCAUGGAAGCAUUGGUAUUGGAUGGGAAAAAGUUUGUUAAGUUGCCACAGGAGGAGAUGGGCACGUUCUAUUCGCAGGACUGUUACGUUUUCCUAUGUCGUUAUUGGAUGCCAGUGCCUGAUGACGUUGACGAUCCUUCAUCACAUGUUGCAGAUGACGAUGCCGAUGAUUUCCAAUGGGUUUGUUACUUCUGGCAAGGGCGAGAUGCCUCCAAUAUGGGGUGGUUAACCUUCACAUUUACGCUCCAGAAAAAAUUCAAGGCACUGUUUGGUGACAAGUUAGAGGUAGUACGGACUUAUCAGCAACAAGAAAACAUGAAGUUCCUUGCCCAUUUUAAGCGAAAAUUCAUUGUGAAACGUGGUAGCCGACGAAAGAGCAAGGAAGAAAAACCUCAGGUUGAAUUUUAUCAGAUGAGAUCAAAUGGCAGUGCUUUAUACACAAGAUUGGUACAAAUACAGCCAGAUGCUUCUCUGCUGAACUCUGCUUUCUGCUAUAUCUUGAAUGUACCUUUCGAACAAGAUGAUUCUGGUAUAGUAUAUGUCUGGAUAGGCUCAAAGUCUGAUCCAGAUGAAGCAAGAUUGAUUCAAGAGAUAGCCGAGGAAAUGUUCAAUAGUCCGUGGGUCACAUUACAGGUAUUAUCAGAAGGCGAAGAACCCGACAAUUUCUUCUGGUUAGGGCUUGGCGGAAAGAAGCCUUAUGAAAAAGAUGCAACUUUCAUGGAAUACACAAGACUUUUUAGGUGUUCAAAUGAAAAAGGUUACUUUAGUGUUUCAGAAAAAUGCUCAGACUUUUGUCAGGAUGACUUGGCAGAUGAUGAUAUUAUGAUUUUGGACAAUGGAGAACAAGUUUUCCUAUGGCUGGGUGCAAAUUGCAGUGAAGUCGAAAUUAAGCUAGCAUAUAAGUCUGCACAGGUUUACAUUCAACAUUUGAGGGCCAAACAACCCGAGAAGCCAAGAAAAUUGUUCCUCACGUUGAAGAAUAAGGAAUCAAGAAGGUUCACAAAGUGCUUUCAUGGUUGGGGCACUCAUAAGAGACCUCCUGAGUAAUCCUUUGUUAUUUUUACCUUUAUUUAUUCUAUUUAUUACUAAUUUUAUUUUUGAGAAAAUUUUAUACGAUGAACUAAAUUUUAUAAUUGAAAAAGCAAAGUAUUUCCACACCCUUUUAUGCAACGGAUUUUUUUAAUUUGAUGUUUCUAACAUACAUACCUUACAUUCACUUUUUACAUAUAAAUGAUUCAUCUUGUUGAAAGUCUACAUUUGGUGUAAUCUAACCAUACUUCAAGAUUUUUUUGAAGGUGCUGUGAUCUGUGAUGUAAAUGCUUUUACCUUGUAACUGCAAAUGUGUUUGUAAAUUUUAUCAUUAUCGAAAAUCAAUCAAUAGUACUCAUGUUACAGUAUAUUUAUUUAUAAUCUUAUAAUUUGUGAUUACUAGGCGUUUUCUUUAAGAUAUAACAUAGUUGUAUGAUAAACAUGGUACAUGACAGCUUGUAAAAGGCUUCGAAAGAAUAAAAAUACCUAUGAAUGC